CGUACUCUCUCUCUACUCUUCUACAAAGUUUCUUUUAGUUAGACGGUGAUGUCCGUCUUAUGCUCAGUCAAAAAGUGCGUGAGUUGUUAGUUAAAUCGUACAUGUUGAUAAUUAUUAAUAAACAUUAACCUUAUCGUGAAUAACCGUGAAUAAACAUGUGUGACCAAAACUCCGCUUCUACUCAGAGUAUUGCGGACUACCUCGCUCAGUUAUUAAAGGAUAGAAAACAACUUGCAGCAUUUCCCAAUGUUUUUAUCCACGUAGAGCGACUUCUAGACGAAGAAAUAGCGAAAGUGAGAGCUAGUUUAUUUCAAAUAAAUGGUGUUAAAAAGGAACCGUUAGUGCUACCAGAUCCAGAUGGGCCAGUAAUGACACUCACAGAAAAAGUAUACGUACCAGUUAAAGAACAUCCAGAUUUCAACUUUGUGGGGAGGAUUUUAGGGCCAAGGGGCAUGACGGCCAAGCAACUAGAACAAGAAACUGGCUGCAAAAUAAUGGUCCGAGGGAAGGGCUCGAUGAGGGACAAAAAAAAGGAAGAUCAAAAUAGAGGGAAACCAAAUUGGGAACACCUCUCAGAUGAACUCCACGUCCUUCUUACAGUCGAAGAUACAGAAAACAGAGCCCAAGUUAAAUUACAAAGGGCGGUAGAAGAAGUCAGAAAACUUUUGGUACCGCAAGCCGACGGAGAAGAUGAAUUGAAAAAAAGGCAAUUGAUGGAAUUAGCUAUAAUAAAUGGCACAUACAGGGAUUCCACGACGAAAGUGGCUUCGGUAGCAGAAUUUUUGAUUCCAGGCUGCGAAGAAGAAUGGAGGCGGUUAGCCGCAUCUGCAGUCGAAACUCAACGCCUGCUAUCGCCCGCCAUACCCGGAUUAGCUACACCUCUAAGAACUCCGGCAGCACCAUUGGGAGCCCCGUUAAUAUUGUCGCCGAGAAUGUCGGUACCGACGACAGCAGCGUCCAUACUCAACGGAUCCGCACCACCGGGGUCUCUUCUUUCUCCCGGUGAUCCACACGGGCUCAUCUACACCCCCUAUGCCGAUUACACAAAUUAUGCUGCCUUAGCUGCAUCGCCACUGCUAGCGGAAUAUACUACAGCUGAUCAUACGGGUGCGGCAGCUGCGGCUGCGAAACAACGCCGUUUGGGACAGAUUAGGGAGCAUCCCUAUCAGAGAGCGGGUGCGCUCUCAUAAAAACUGACAAGGCUUUGUGGAGUGCUAACCCUCUCGUCACACACAAACACACCCCCUCUGCGCCAAAUUCCUCGACUAACGAAAAUAUAUCGGAUGCGCCGGACCAACUUCAAAAGGGUAGCGGUAUGUCUAACAAAUUACAUCACUAACAUCGAUUCACUUUUUUUUUGUCAUCUUUGUAUACUAAAAUUAACUUAAAAAAAUACAGUCGUAUCAGCUAAAGCUUAUUAAAUAUGUGAGGUUAGAGGAAAUUUUUGAUUGUUUGAAAAUAAAGUGAUUUGGCUGAUAUUUACUGUAUUCAAAUUCUUUAAUUUGUAAUCUAACUUUCUAGAUUCUUAAAUGAGUGUGUUAAGUACCUUUAAAUAUAUAGAUUAACGACGUUUUAUUUUCGGCAGCAAAAGUGAGACGUCUUAAAACAUAAGAAACCAGUUGCCAACUAAAUGUCGCACAUGUAAUCCAAAACCGUCACUAUACAAAAAAAAAUAAAUUCAAAGGAGAGACGAUUAAGAAAUUCAAUUCGGAUAUUUUUAAUAAUUACCCACAAAUUAAAUAUAUUUUGGUAGUGUAAUGGUUCAAACUACGAGAUAUGAUAAUUGAGUAAAAACAAAAAUAUUUUUUAUUGUUUUUUUUGUGUAUAGAAAUAGAAAUUGAGAAAAUCAGAAAACUUCGAUACGAACCGAUAAUGAUGUCGUGUAGACUAGGUAACUAACUAUUAAUUUUCUUUAAAUUUUCAUCCGGAAAAAAUGUUUUGUAAUACACAUCAAUUUCCUCAUUUCCAGAUUGAUUUAUUCUUAUUUCAGUUAACUUAACUGCUUCUCGUUAAGAUUUUUUUGGAAAUCUUCAGACUCAAGUGCUAAUUUUUUCAAAAAUCGCUAUAGGAUAGUUCGUUGACAUUGUAGGGAUUGUUUAUAGUUCUGAACAUAAAUGAGGCCAGAUGUCAAAUAUUUUGAAAUCGAUUACAUAAUGAACAGAAUCAUUUUCAUUCUGUGUAUGUCGUGUAAUAGUUUUUAUUUUGAAAUUCGCCAAGGUAUACAUAUACAUGGAAAAUAUAAACAAUUUCUAGAUUAUCAUCAUUGAAAGUCUCAGAUAUUUUAUAGCGAUACAGUAUUUCUACUAUUUUUUUACACUCACGUUUUAUUUUCACUGUUAGAUAGAUUCUCAAUUGGCAUUGCAUCUUUGAAUAACACAUAGAUAUUUGUAUCUCCACUAACAAUCAAGUGCUCGGACUUUUGCACUUAGCAACUUUUUUUAAAAUGAUUCGAGCAUAUUCUCACUAUUCAAACAAUCAACUUGUAAACAUUUACCGUGUUGGAGGUUAAGUUGUCUUUCUCCGCAAACUUUUUUUCAUUCGCUAAGUAAUCUUAUAUCUUUUGUUUGAAACUAAUAUCUUUACCUCUACAAUUCGUAUUGUUAUUUGUGCAUGAAGGUACAGAACAAGAAGGCAUUUUAAUUUUAAUAACCACUCUAUAUACUCAAUGUAAAUAAAUAUGAAUCAGUCAGCUGAUGACAGCCAAUAUGGCGGAAAGUGGGACUGCGCAGUAGUGGUUGUAAAUUGGUCUUCGGUAAGAACACACCUUGCAGUCGUUACAUCGUAGAACAAAUUUAGCUUGAAAACCAAAAUUCAAAAAUUUUCGUAGAGUGACGUCUUAGGAGUACACGUGCAAUGUUUAUUUAUAUUCUUAAUUUGUUUGUUGCGAUUCAAUUUUUGAAAAUACAGAAUUUCAUUCAUAAAUUGCUAUAAAUAUGAUGCCCUUUCCAUGAUCAUACAAUUGCUGCCGUCUAAUGUCUAUUAAAAUUAAAUUUAAAAGCACUUAACAAAGUAUUAACUGUCGAAAUUAGAUCCAAAUUUUGAAAUUUAUUAUGAAAUAAAUACUCUUAGCUUUCCGAAUCUCACAUACGAAAUAUAAAUUGUAAUUUUGGAUUUAUUUUUGGCUUCCUACACUUUGUAGGGAGGAUAGCAUUUAUCCAAUUUAAUAAGUAAUUUACUAAUAUCUUUUCUUUGUCUAAAAUAAUAUUUUUGGUACGCACUUUUUAAUAAAACUGCAAUAUCGAAAAAUUGAUUGUUAAAUCAAACCCAACUUGCCACAGCGAACCUUAUACAAGCUCGAUACUCUUCAAAAGGAGGUGGAAUUGUGAGGUUAUGUGGGAUUUUUAACUCCUAAAACCCCUCGUACUACUUAUCAAAUAAUAUAACGAAACCACCAGAAGGUAUUACAUCAUACUGUUCAAACUUAUGUUGGUGUAUCUAUUAGAUCUGUCUGUUUUUGAGUUAUCUUUGUCACCAAAUUAGAUAGAAUGUUCCAGGCUUUCUUACUAACUGCCAUUUUAUGAAAGAUGAUUUCUGGUGAUAGUAAAUUUCCAAUUUAUUGCUUGGUUGCUCAGCCUUCGUUAACAGGCAUAAAAGGUGUGCUCUAUAUUAUAUUAUGUUGGUUUAAAUCGAUUAAAAUAUGCAGUGGAAUAUCCAUUCCCUGUUGAUAGUUGCAGCAGGUGACAAUUUAUCUAAUAUCUUGAGGCGUACAAUUUGCGCUUCUAAAUUUAACUUAUUUAAUUAUUGUCUUUCUACUCUUAAGGAUGUAAUACGUUAAGUUUCUUUUUCAUUCAGGUCUUUCCUCCAAAAUUAACUCAAUUUCUUUUAAUAUUUUCUUGAGGUAGCACCUCGUGUAGUUUCUUAUUUCUAUAUAUUUAUUAUUUUUUCCUCACUUUUCCUUCUCACAUUUUCCAACCACCUUAGUUGAUGGUAUAUUCAAUUUCGUUUAUUUUGUAACGUUUUGUACAUCACCAACGUUGUCAAGAGUAAAAAACAAAAAUCACUACAAUAAUGAUGCAAAAUCUUAUUAAAGAGUAAAUGGAAAAAGAUGUUUUCAUUUGUGAAAGAUAGUAAUAAAUCACAUUAAAUAACAUUUAAUAAAAUCCUUGCGUACUAGUGGUACCCAUUUAAUUGAAAUCUCAUUUUCUUGUUGUACAAAAUGUAUACAACAAAAAUUUUCUCUAAAUCAUUUCGAUUAACUGCAGUAUACUCAAAUUGUGAAAAUAUUUGAUCAUUUCAUUAUGUUGUGUUUACAACGCUACACAACAAACUUACAAAUAUUUUUUUGAGAUAUUUUAUUAUCAUGAUACUGUACAUUUUUUAAACUUCAGUGGUCUACCCUGUAAAAGUAAUUUAAUGAAAAUUUUCACAAACCAAAUGAUAAUUUGUUGAUAGUGACACAGAAAAUUUUAUUUUCAAUAAUAAAACUUUAAAUUCAUAAUUCUAAACAAUUUAAUAGUUUAAAACAUUUUCUUAAGAAGUCUGUUACCAAAUAAAAUAAAAGGUCCUAUCCUGUUCAUUUUUUUUGUUAAUAGCCAAAGUAUUUAAACAAAUUCUGUCACAAAUAUCCAAUCAAAUACAAAUAAUUGAUUAGUAAUCAAUCAAUAAGUUUUUUAGCUAAAUUUAGCUACGUUCAUCAAGUUUUUUUUAUAGUGGUAAAAUUAUUCCAAAGCUUUUCCAACUUUUUCAUGUCAUUUUUAUAGACCGAAUUUUAAUUGGCUUCUAUUUCAGAACUACUUUUCUGAUUUCUUCAAUAUUUCUUCCCUUGAAGCAAUUUUUUCAGGUCUUAAAACAACGGGUAGUCACUGGGGAACGAAUCAGGAGAAUACGGUGGUUGCAGUUGCAAUUCAGAGUUUAUUUAAUUGUAUUGGACCAUCGUUUGUAUCGACUUAUGAAACGGUACAUUAUCUUGGGAUCGUAUAGUAGUCAAAAAUCUGCUUCGACAAUUUUUUUUCCAUUGUUUGAAAAAACUCAGGUUCAGUCUAAACCAAUAGACGAUUAAAGAUUCAAUAGCUGUCAUUUGGAGAAUUUUUUUCUGAUCAAAAGACAACUGGUGGUCGCUGGGGGACGAAUCUGUAAAAUAUGGUGGUUGAAGUUCCAAUUCAGAGUUCAUUUAAUUAAAUUUAACUAAAGUUUGUAUCGACUUAUGACAUGGCACAUUAUCUUGAUCGAUAUGGGCUUGUAUAAUAGUCAAAAUUUUCCUUCGACAAUUUUUUUUUCGUUGUUAGAACAAAAAUCAGGUUCGGUCUAAACCAACAGACGAUUUAAGGUUCAAUAGCUGUUAUUCGGAGAUUUUUUUCUGGUCUAAAGACACCUGGUAGUCGCUGUGGUUCGUAUCUGGAAAAUAUUGUGGUUGUAGUAGCAAUUCAGAGUUCAUUCAAUUGCAUUUGACCAUAAUUUGUAUAGACUUACGACGAUAUGGGGUCACAUAAUGGUCAAGCUUUUGACUCGAAGCAAUUUUUUUUAAAUUUUUCCGAAAAACCAUGGUUCAAUCUAAACCAACAAACGAUUGGAGGUUCAAUAUUUGAGAGGUGUAGUUUGAAAAAUACUGUUUAAAGUGAAAAUUAUAAAAAUAAGAUUUGUGGUGACCUCCAUCCGUCACUUAUUGUUUAUUGGUAUAUUUGAUGAGUAAAAAAUCCCAAUUUGAAGUGCCCUUUUGAAACUCCUGUACCAUUAAAAAUAUUUUAAUUCGUAAAAUCAAAUUAAAUAUAUUUUUGAUGUAAAAUGGUGGUAAUUUGGCGCAAUAUUCUGUCGUUUUUUUUUAAUCGGCAAUUUUAGUUUUAUAGGAGCAAUAAGAUACGAGGGUUAUGCAAAAAGUUUUGAUAUCUAACAAAUAAUCAACUUUUUUUGAAUUAUUUGCAGUAUUGCCUCUCAAAUCACCUGGGGGCAUAAUACUCUUGAUUUUUGAUUAUAAAUAAUUGAAGUGCGUAUCAAAAAAUUCUUAGACUGUUCUGCGAAGUACAAACCAUUUUCGAGAGUGCCAACAAUAUUUUUAGAAAAAUUUCCUAUAAUAAUAAUCGAUGAAAAGUUUGUUUUUUUCUUGAAAAAAAUAUUGAUAGAUGUCAAAUUGAGACUAGAAAAUUCUAUUUUAGGAUUUAGUUAAAAAUCUGUUUGCUAUAUAUCUUGCAGCAUGAGUCAGUGUUGCUUGACAUCUUGUCGCUGCUUAAAAUAUCGGUGGUGGAAUAUGUAAAACAAAAAAACUUGAAAUUGAUUAUUUUUAUUGGAACGCACAAAAAAGUGGACGCAUAUUCCCUGUCGAGAAAAUAAUCUCCCCACUUUGAUCGUUGUUUUUUUUUUAUAUAUAUUUGUACUUAUUAAAUUUUCUUGGACAGGCAAUACACAUAAGAAUUUUGUUUCUUUCUAAAUACAAGUUAGUCCAGACGCUGGCUACAUAAAUUCGUCGGAUAUUCUUCUUCUUCUUUCAAAUUAGAUUAGUACAAAUUCCACAUCCCGCUAUAUAUAAGACCAGAAUAGUAAGAAGUACAAAAUGAAAACAUUUAAAAAUUGAAUGGAACUGGAAAAGUUCAGAAUCUUCUUAAAAUAACUUCCAUGUACCAGUGUGUACUCUCAAAAAUUCAUCUCCCAAAAGCCCCUAUCAAAAAUCCCCACUAAAAAAUUCUAUUAAUCACAAAAUGAAUAAUAGGGCCCUUGCAAACUUUUUUAUACCUUAAUUACGUUUAGUAUAUCGUUCUUCAUCAUUAGUUAAUAAAAAAAAAUUAAUUUAAAUACCUAAAUGACGCGCCAAAACGCAUUUCCUGUCACAUGACUGAGUGUGACGUUGUAUGACGUAGAAAGUAAGUAAACAGACUUAAGUGAGGUUAGAACUAAAUACAGUUUAAAUGGAGUUGGUAUUAAAACACCAAAUAAAGUUUUCCUCGAAAGGAAAAGCGACGAAAACAAUGGUUUCAAGAUAUAAAAGAAGGGAUUAUGCAAGCCUCAAAGCUGGCAGCCCAGUAUAUGUUUCUGAAGACCAUUUCAAUGUAAGUUUUAUCUAUUGGUAUUUAAAAAAUGUUAACUUAUUGUUAUUUUUUAAUGUAGUUAGGAAAAUUAUAUGAUGUGGAAACUAACAUAAUACAAAAAAAAGUUCAAUCGGACAAAUGUGAUGAUAAUGACGUUACUAUGAGAAAGUCCAAUUUGUAGUACUUCCUAAUCUGCUUUUACUCCACGUAUUUCAGCCAAAGUGAAUAAUUGAUUAUUAGAAAAGAACGUAGCAACCAUGAAUGCAUCUAUUUUAGGUAGAUUGUUCGAUCUUGCCUCGAUAAAUACUAUUUCGGUCAUCAUUUCAAUUAGAAUAGUUUUUUAAACCCUUACAACAAGACAAAUCGCACUAAACAACCAAUUACCUCCACUCUUUACAACAGAAUGGCGUUUGAAAGGCGACACGCGGCGACUACGUUUACUUACUUUCUACGUCACAACCGCAGUAACCAAUAGAAACAUGUUUUUUGUCACGUGUUAUUAUUAAAAUUUUUAAAUAUGUUAAAUACCCAAAUUACCGACCACUGCAAGGAACCUAUUACGAAACCUCAAUUAGUAGAAAUUGGAUUUUUUUGGUUGCGAAUUAUACUCCAGAAAAUAGCCCAAAAACACUAAUUUUAGUAAUGAUUUUAAAAUAAAUCUCACUGGGAGGAAAAGCGAUUUUAUAUUUCCGAUAAGUUUGAAAAUAUGUUUGUUUUUCAACUUUAACGUCUCGUACUUCAUAAGCUCACAUGAAGACGGAGAUGAUAAGAAAUUCAAAAACAAAUAAACGAAUCUGAAAGUCUGAAAAAUAAUACAAAAACACUUUUCCUAAAAAAUAUUGAAUGGAUAAUUUAAAAAUAUUUUGGUAUUUUAUCAACUUUAACGCCCUGUACUUCAUAAACUUACUUGAAGGUGAGAAUGAUGAAAAUUAAAAUUUAUCAAAACAUCCGGAUCAACGGGACUGUUGGAAGUGUACUGUUUCGUUAAUCAAAAUACAGAGUGAUCAAUUUUAACAUGUCUGUAUAAUAUCCAAGUAUAUUUUACGUUGUUGUCAGUUUUAUAAUAUUCGUAGAUACCAAGAAAAUUAUAAUCUUAGUAAUAUUUAUUUGUUUAUAGGAAGUACUGGUGGAUAUUUAAAUUUGUACGAACAUAUUCACUUUGUAUUUGAUUAUUAAAUUAUAUCCGUCGAUAUUACAGGGUUUGCAUCUCGACUAAAGUGGUAAGGUAGGUAAUUAAGUGACUUAAAAAUAGAUUUAAUAAUUUUAUUAGGCUUAUUGAGAAUAAUUUAGAGUUAACUAUUUUUUUUUUUUCAAAAAAAAAUCAUUUUUAAAUAUAAAUCUUCAUAGUAUGGAGAUUUUAAAAAGUGCCUUUUAGUUAACUGAUAUUUAUUCUUGAUAAUUCUUUGAAAAAAUGAUCAAAAUAUUACCCUUUUUAUAUAUAUAUAUAUAUAUAUUUAUAUGUAUGAAAAUGUAUGAAAUUCUUUAUUAUUUUGUUUUAUUAGAUAUAAGCGAAACUUGUUUGGGGGCUCAAGGUCAUUUUAGCCGAAUUGUUGCAAUAAACAGAGUGAUAAGUUUAGUUUCAUUUAAAAAAAAAUACAAAAUGAAUAGUCAAAUUUUAGUUAUAGUCUUUAAAUACGGUGUUUUUAACCUCUUAUAUACCACAUGGCUCAUCGGAAAAAAUUUUGGCAACAAACUCAACAAAGAAAAUAUUUACACAAAUUUUUUUUUGUUAUGAAUAAUAAUUUGCAACUAUGUGAUAAAAAAGGACAUAAUAUUAGUUCCAAUAGAUAGCAAAGAUAUUUUCAAAAAUUUUUUAUCUAUAACAAUUUCUAGUUUUAUUUCAAAGUCAAGGUAACCAAAAAGUUGUAACCUCUAUCGAAGAAUUUCCAAAAAUUAUAUCCUCCAAGUGACCAAUUAUAUUUUCUACGUUCAAAUUUUCACUUAAAGUCUCCGCUACGUACUUCUUUCUUGUUUUACAUGACGGGUUUCAUAUUUUGGUCACUCAGUCCUCGUUAAAACAUUUUUAUGGGUUAAAUUGAUUAAAUUAAUGUUGGUUAAGUUAAGUUAGGUUAGAGAAUCUUUCUCCUUUAGUUGUUUCCAUUCAUUUUCUAUUUUUUAUAUCUCCAUCUUCAUUUUCUUCACCUCUUUCAUUAGAAGCUUGAAUUGGUACGACCCAUCAUUCACUUGGUGUGAUAUGUUUGAUGUUCUACUACAUCCACUCCUUCCAUAUAUUUAUUAUAAGUUGUUACAAUAUUAGGACAACUGAUGUAGAUAUAACUUUUUAUUUUGUGUCAAAUCUUUCUAUUUUUAAGUUUAACACUUUUAAUUGUUGCUUCAUUUUCUUCACAGGAACAACGUCUCUUUUUUUGUCAUCUAUUGAAGUAAGACCAGGAAACCUCUUUGUUUGAACUGUAAAUCAAAAACUCCUCAUUUGUGUAGCCUGAACAAAUAAUUUUGUUGAGAAAACCACUUAUCAAAAAAUAUCAGAUAAUUGUUAUUGGGUGGAACAAACUUAUUGAUAUUUAGGACUACAUUUGAACUUUUUCCGGUGUAAAUUUCAAAAUUAUGAAUUAGACCAGUGGCAUCACAUAACACAUAAAUUUUAUAUCCCCAUUUAUGUUUUGUUGGGGUCGGACUAUCCCAUUGAAGGAGAAAAUCAGUUCAUCAAUAUAUAAAACUUGUUGCAUCAGUUUGGCUCUGAUAUUUCUCAAUAAGGAUUCCAUCAAAGAUCUUAUUUUAAAAAGUCGAUCCACAUUAUUUGGAUUAGUUUUAGAAUUGUCGUUCUUAUGAAGAUUCAUUUUCAUCUGUUACAAUUCAGGUUAUCAGCAAUUUGUGCCAUCUUCGUUGCUUGAACCCAAUAUGUACGGUAUUGGGACAUAUGGAACCCAAUACUGUCCUUUCAUUUGUUCAUGGUUCGUGAUAAACUAAAAAUGGACAAAUACAAACAUAAAUUUAGAAAUUGUCUCAUCUCACAUCUCCCUGGAGCUAUCUUCCUCCUUUACUUCCUAUUCAAAUGAUAAUUUUACUUUCUUUUGCAUCAUUAUUUCUUUCUUUUACAUUUUCUUCGUCUCUAUCAUUAGGAGAUUCAUUUUCAUUAUUAAAUAACUUUGAUUCAUUAGAUUCUGGAUCAUAAUCAGAGUCAAUACAUAUCAUCACUAUCCUUAAAGCAACUAUCAUUGCUUGCAUGAAGAGGAACAGGGUUAUAUUUUUCCUUCAUCAUUUCUUCAACUGUAAAAAAAUACAAAAAAUUUAUGUUAUACUGACAGAUGUGGAACUCUUGUAAUCCGUUGUAUCAGAAAACACCAAUUUUUAAUAUUUAUAUUUAUACCACAAUUUUUUAAUGCUUGUAUCGAAUAUGAGAUAGUGGUAUACAAGCGGUUAAACCAUGUUUGUAUUUUUAACUGAUAAUGAAUUUUAUAGAAAUUUUUGUUUUUUUGGGUGAACAAAAUUCACCAAAAAAUAUUAUUUUAAUUUGUUUAUUUUUUCAUAUAAAUUUGACUAUUCUGUUCGCAUCUCGAAAUUAAAUUUACAGUUAGAUCUGAUAUCUAAGAUCAAUUUUAAUAUGGAAAUAAGUUGGCUUCCGUCCAGGAUAUUUGUAUUAAAUAAAAAAAAGCAAUAAUUUUUCGUUUUAAUUUUAAAAAAUACUCUCGAUCUGAAUCAAACGAGUGCAAUAAAGAUAUAUUGAGCCAUGUGCAAUUUGUUAAUAUCUUUGGGACGUUUAUUAAACAAAAAAGUAAUCUCUAUACUUUUAUUUUGUACUUAGAAUAGAAAUAUGAGGAAUUGGAGUUUAAUAGAAUACUUUUAAACACACUUUCUAUAAAUAAAAAUAUAAAAAAUAAACUCUAAACCGACUAUGCAACAAUAUUUCAAAAGAAUCCUUCUAAUUAUUUAUUUAUCCUGUCUUUUGCUUCAAAUUCAAAUCAUGACUUACAGGACAGGCAUAAUCUGCAGUUUUCGUCCUCUGCCAUGCCUAUUUUCUCAAGGUGGUAUUUGAUAAGACCAAUCAUCAGUUCGAUGUCGUUUCUGGUCAUUACAAGAAUACCUCAAAUUUCUUAGAUAAUAUGAUUACGAAGCUUUUAGAUUGUCUCAGGCCUGGAGUGUUUCUUCAUUGAGACUCCCAUCAGAUUAUUUAGCCAUCCAUUCAGUUCUCAGCAUCAAUUAAAUUGAAUUUGAUAAGAUCGAUUAUCAGUUUGAUGUCGUUUCUUGUCAACACAAGAUUAUCUCUAACUUCUUGGACGAUAUGGUUAUGAAUCUCUUCAUUAAGAUUCAUUCAGAUUCUCUAGCCAUCCAUUCGGUUCUCGGCUUCUGAAUUGUUGGUAUAGUCAACGAUACAGUUGUACUCAAGUUAGACAAUUAUAUAGAAUAUUAUUUCAAUUAAACUCCUUUUCUUUCGAGACAGAGGUUUUUCAAAAGGCAUUAUUUCGUUAAAAAAAAAAGAGGUAGCUUAUAUUACCUAUAAUGAAAUAAAUAUAUAAAUAGUUAUUAUUUUAAGGUAAUUUAUGUGUCAUAUUAAUAAUAUUUAAUGUUAUUAUUAUAUGUUGUACUUUUGAAAUUAACUCUACUUUGAGUUUAUUCAGAAUAUAUUGAGAUUAUGGUAUGUAUUAUUUGUGCACAAAUUCAAUAAAUAUCUAAUAAGUGUUAA